AUGACUCGAAAACAAAAGCAGCGUUGCGAUUUGCGGCGGAAUCUUGACAGUUUGAAGAGCUACUACAAGUUCUCGCCCUUUCCAAGGCAUACACGACACGCCUUGCAUUCGCUGCGGCUCACCCCAUACUCCCGUCGUAAAACUCUUUCUGAGUUUCGCAUCAUCGGUGCCGCACGGAAUCAGCCGGUGCUGGACGUCAUGCAGACUUACAGUGUUGUGGCUCCAACGCAAAGGGUGUGCAAUCUCUACUUGGAGGUGUCUGAACUGUUGUCUGUGUACUACGACACUAUUGAUUCUUUGCACCAGACGCCAAAGGCAUAA